CGUCGGUAGCUCAAAGCACACAACAAGCCGAAACCGGUUCUCACACGGUAAGGAGGCCGGUUUCAGCUGGUGUGUUGCCGUGGAAACUCCAGAACUAUAUAUGGUUGCCAUCGUCUUGCCGGCUUCAUUCAUCACAGGCUAGUGAGGCUCGAAAUAUACGAUCGAGUAGUGUGCUCGGCUAGCUAGAAUAAAGCCACGGUCUUUCAUUUCCAGGAUUCUGGUCUAAUGGGAAAAGUCUUUGUAAAUGCUUUUUAAGACUACUCGCUUGAGAAAAGCGCACACUGGCUACUCUGCUGGCCCUGGCCUUGAGGCUUAUCUAAAAGGAUUCAACUUCACUGGAGAGCCACCUUGGGUCCUCUGAGCUUUAGCUAUUUGAUCAUUCCAUCUCUUUGUGUCCAAUUUCAUUUGCAACUAAAACUUGAAUUGUGACCAUGAACACAUUCACUCCUACUGACAUUGAUCUUACCUUCCUGGAGGAGGGGUUCUGUGCACGUGAUGUUGUUGAGCAGAUCAUCAAUGCAUCAUCCUUAACCGAUGACAAGGAUGCCUUCUUUGUGGCAGACUUGGGGGAUAUCUUUAAGAAGCACCUGAGAUGGAUGCGUGGCCUGCCUCGGGUUACGCCUUUUUAUGCAGUCAAGUGUAAUGACAGCAGGGCUGUCGUCACGACACUGGCGUCUUUGGGAGCAGGCUUCGACUGCGCAAGCAAGAUGGAGAUCCAGCUGGUGCAGUCUCUGGGAGUAGACCCCAAGAGGAUUAUUUAUGCCAACCCCUGCAAGCAGGUGUCACAGAUCAAGUAUGCUUCUGCUCAUGGGGUGCAAAUGAUGACCUUUGAUAGUGAAGUGGAGCUUAUGAAGGUUUCUCGAAGCCACGACAAUGCAAAACUGGUGCUGCGUAUUGCUACUGAUGAUUCUAAAGCAAUGUGCAGGCUGAGUGUGAAAUUUGGAGCCACGCUGAAGAGCAGCAGGCUGCUUUUGGAGCGGGCAAAGGAGCUGGGCCUGGAUGUCAUUGGGGUCAGCUUUCAUGUGGGCAGCGGGUGCACUGACCCUGAGUCCUAUGCCCAAGCCAUCUCAGAUGCACGCUGUGUCUUUGACAUGGGGGCUGAGGUGGGCUACAACAUGACCCUACUGGAUAUUGGAGGGGGUUUCCCUGGUACUGAGGAGACCAAGCUCAAGUUUGAGGAGAUUACUGCUGUCAUCAACACUGCACUGGAUAAGUACUUUCCUGCAGACUCUGGAGUGAAGAUCAUUGCUGAGCCUGGCCGAUACUAUGUAGCUUCUGCAUACACGCUAGCUGUCAGUAUCAUCGCAAAAAAAGUAAUCAUGAAGGAGCAGUUUGGCUCUGAUGAGGAAGACGAUGAGACCACGGACAGAACCCUAAUGUACUACGUCAACGAUGGUGUUUAUGGUUCUUUCAACUGCAUCCUGUUUGAUCAUGCACAUGUGAUGCCGGUUCUGCAUAAGAAGCCCAAGCCUGACGAGCGCAUGUACCCAUGCAGCAUCUGGGGCCCUACUUGUGAUGGGUUGGAUCGCAUUGUGGAGCAGUGUGCCCUGCCUGACAUGCAGGUGGGAGACUGGAUUCUGUUUGAAAACAUGGGCGCUUAUACUGUGGCUGCCUCCUCCACCUUUAAUGGCUUUCAGAAACCAGACAUCCAUUACGUCAUGUCCCGAGCAGCCUGGCAGCGCAUGCAGCAGAUUCGUGCCCAGGGUAUGCCCGCUCCACCAGGGGAACCAUGUCCCGGCAGUAUGCCAUCCCACUGCAGAAGUGAAAGCUGCCUGGAGCUCCCUGCUAAGCCCUGCGCCCCUCAUGUUCUUUAAGUCUUCACCACACCAGGGAUUUGGUACAGACAGGCGCUGGUCACUUUACUGGCUUGUCAUAUGACUGCACAUGUAAGGUGAUUUGAAGACACAGGUGCCACAGUUGAUGAAUAAGGAUUAAAUGUGCUGGUAGUAACACCCUACUAAAACAUUGUCUGCCCUUACCUGUGCAAACUCCAAGAAUUAUGUAAGACGCACACAAUAACUCACAGUCCUGUGUUUUUUUUUUUGUUUGUUUGUUUUUUGUUUUGUUUUGUUUUUUUUUAAUGUGCUUGCUUACUUUUUAUACUUUGUGGGGAGGGCAGCAGGUGUUUCAAUUUUGUGUGUUGGUUGAAGGUCUACUUCUGUGUCAACUCACUUUUUAAAAUGCCUGCUUUUAAUGUAAAGCUAUUUUAUGAUGAUGCAAAGCUAUUUCAACCACUACCAUAGACCACUUUUUACAGAAUCUCAGAAGGGCAUUUUUUGAGUGGGGAAAAGACUUUGUGAUUUCUUAGAUCUACGCACACACACACUCCCCCUCUCUUGUUCUCAUUUAAUUUCCAAACUGCUUUUUUUUGUUGUUAAUAAUUAUUAAUAAACACAAUAAUGACAUUAUGCAUUUGAAAAUGGAUACAAAAGAGAUGGGAUUGCACUCAUUGCUUUCCUAUGGAAACUUUUAAAAAUAUUUUGUAUUUUUUUUAUAAAUAUAUAUAUAUAUACAUAUAUAAAUAAAAUGGUCAACUCAAA